GCACUCCUCCGGGACGUCCGCCCUUCCCAGGUCUUCCUUCCUCGCUCAGGACAAAUGGCUCCCAGCGCUGUGUUCUUGGCGCCUGACAGUCUGCUGACAGCAAAAGAGAAAAAUAAACUCAGGAAGCCGGUGGUGGAAAAAAUGCGCCGUGACCGGAUUAACAGCAGCAUCGAGCAGCUCAAGCUGCUCCUGGAGAAGGAGUUCCAGCGGCACCAGCCCAACUCCAAGCUGGAGAAGGCCGACAUCCUGGAAAUGACYGUCAGCUACCUGAAGCAGCAGAGCCAGUUGCAGAUGAAGACUGCAGGAUGCUUCCGUAAAAGCUCUCAGUUUGACUUCAGAGAGGGCUACUCUAGAUGUCUGCAAGAAGCUUUCCAUUUCCUCUCUCUGCAAAAGGUCCAAGCAGAGACACACACCAAGCUUUUAAGCCACUUCCAGAAGAGCCAGUCCGCUGCUCCAGAGCUCGUCUUUUCGUCUGGCAAUCACAGCACCCCAAAGCAAGGAUCUCUGAAGGACACCAAUACCCUCUGGAGGCCCUGGUAGUCAGGGAAGUGCUUCCUUCAUGGACCUUUGCCUUUUAGAGUCCAGAGGAAGGAUCUGACUGCAUCUGAUAGUCCAGCUCUGAUCCUCUCUUCCGUAGGGAAUAUUAUUUUCCCAUGUAUUUUAUUUAUGUAUGGAAAGAAUGGAAUACUUUUGACUUUUAUGGGAUCUUUGGCAAAAGUUGAGGCAUUCUGUUGAGUGGUGUUGAUGCUGCGUGGGCACCGGUGGUAACAGUAUGCGCGGCAUGUGGCCCGGGCAGGGGCAAAUGUCUUCAUAAUGAAGGAGGUAUUUUUGUAUAUGUUACACUGUGACAGAAGGGAAUUGCUGUAGGA